UCUAUAGAAACCACAUGCAUACUUACAGUAUCCUUCUCUUUUGUCACAACAGCAGCAGGGAAUAAAUCAGAAAAUGCAGUAAGAGACCACAUAGUGAAUGGCACUGCUGAAGCAUCUCAGAAGGAUGAUGAUGAUGAUGCAUAUAUAGAUGAGGACAGUACUGAAGCAACAGAAAUUGCUGAGGAUCCAUCCAAUAAUAAUGAAAACUCAGAAGAAAGAAAGAUAGAUCCUAUUAAUGCGUUUUUGGACAAGCUUGUAUUAAAAAUACAAAACAGGCCAAGACCUGUCGAUGAAGUGAUAUGCUUUGAACUGGAUGAAGAGCAAAAGACUGAUAACACUGAUAACAUUUUUGCUGAUAUAAUGCAAGAUACUACAAAGCUGAUUAUUGUCAUUGCAAGCAUCUUAUUUGCUAUUAUAAUCAUUGGAGUUUUGGUAUACUUCCUUGUAAUAAGGCGCUUAUUCAACAAAAAAAAGGAUGAUUUAAAGAAAGCCGAGGAAGGCAAGGCAGGAAAAGGUAUGGAGGGCAAGACAAGCAAAGAUGGAAGUGAUAAAUCAAGUAAAGCCAAGAAAAAAGGCGAGAAGAAAAUAAAACACAAAAAGAAAAAAGAAGUAAAUGACAAAUCAAGUAAAUCAGAGGAUGAUAAAUCAAGUAAAGCCAAGAAAAAAGGCGAGAAGAAAAAGAAACACAAAAAGAAAAAAGAAGAAAGCGAUGAAUCAAGUAAAUCAGAGGAAUCGAAUAAAUCAGAGGAGGAAUCAAGUAAAUCAGAGGAAUCAAAUAAAUCAGAGGAGCAAUCAAGUAAAUCAGAGGAAGAUUAAUUAUGGGAUAAGACAUUAUGAAUAUUUUCAGCUCUACAUAUUAUCCAAGUAUGGACUUUAAAGCCCUUAUGCAGGCCGGUUACAGGGAGCUGUUAAUAAAUGCCAAGUACUUUGCAAUGGAAUAUGGAUGAGCCAAUCUGAAUCUGAAACUUUUGUACUGAUUGCAACAAUACAAUUUUGUCGCACAAAUUGUUGCGCAAAGUACGAAAAAGU